GUCGCUAGUAGGUCUUUGGGCCGUGCGCUUGCCGCUUGCCUUAGCAUAAACUGUGUACCGGGAAGCUUGGGACACCAAGCACCUAGAAGAGCUUUGUUUUGUUAAGCAGGUCUGCAUAUACUUAGAGAACAUGGCCUCGCGGCUGGCAAAGCAGGCAACUGCUGCUGUUCAGCAAAAGGACCGGCUUUUCGGGGGCGCCGCGCGGCACUUCUAUUACGAGAUUUGCCGAUGCCUGCCAUUCAUUCAGCGUCUCCAUAAGAUGGAGGAGAUGGUGUCCCUGCGUGAGCUCAGGGCCAUUGUGAAGGACCGGUUCAAGGAGUACAAGGACGUGCAAGAUGGGCGGGUGGUGGACCUGCUUAUCUUCAAGGGGCGCGAGGAAAUCGAGACCUACCUGCUGAUGCACAAGCAGCGCCACCACAUGAUUACGGAGGUUGUGGAGCCCUACACCAACAAGCAGCGUGCUGUUAAGGUGGUGUCGCCGAACAGCCCCUUCCUGGACAGCUUCCUGUCGACGGCGUACCCCCAGACGCCCCCGCGCCAGUAAGGCGCAUGCAUGGCUGCAUGCAGCUUGUGGGCUGAUUGAGGCACCUGCCUGGCUUGGAGAAGGAUUUGGCUUAUCCCUAUUGUAACUGGCGUGGUUGAAUCGCUGCCUUUCGGAUUUUGCGAUUGAGGCAAAGUAUGGUGGCAAGGGAAUGAUGGGAGGAGUCGUUUUGUCGUUUACAGGAGACGCAAAAGUGGCUCAGUGUUUUAUGACCGAGCGCAAAGUUAGUGUAAUAACAUCGUGCGACAUGUGUACUGGCCCAUUAUGUGCGACGGGAUGCUCUAGCGCUCUACUGCCGCCACGUGAUGACCAUGCUAACAAGUCGGGCCGUGCCAUUGUUAGCCGUCAUAGCGGCUGUGCUGUCGCGUCUGCCGGCCAGGCCACGUGUAACUGCUAGACCGGGA